GAAGGGGAGGUGUUCAUCAGCUGGGGCAGACUGUAUAUAAACUGUGGUGAGCUGAACCAUCCGACAACUGCGCCAUAGCAUCGUUUGUGUUCCUGUCACCGCCAAAAAGACUUCAAGUUUUUCGAAGGAAUUUGCUAAAGAUAUCACAAGGCCACUUCUAUCAUGGAUAUAAUCAUCAAGAUGCUAAACGGGACGUCCCGCACCCUGAUGGUGCAACCACAGGACACAGUGGGCUCUCUGAAAAUCCGCAUCCAGAAGGAACUAGGAGUUCAAUGUGAGACCCAGAGGCUGAUCUUUGUGAACGGCCUGAGCACUCCUCUCACCGACGACUCCAUGUCCCUCAGCUCCUACGGCUUGCACUCCGGCGCCAUGGUGUCCCUGCUGGUGACCCAGCCGGCCACCAUCCAGGUGUUCCUCAGAAACGAAAAGGGGAAGAUGAGCACAUACGACAUCAAACCCGACGAGACGGUGAGCAACUUCAGCAGCAGGGUCGAGUGCAGAGAGGGGAUCACGGCGAACCAGCAGAGGCUCAUUCACCAAGGCAGAGAGAUGAAUCAGGGGAAACUUUCAGACUACAACGUCUGCUCGCUGAGUACCAUCGACCUGACGCUCCGCCUGAGAGGAGGCUGAGGACACUUCUGCUUUAAUCUAGAAAGUUCUGUACGUUCCUUUUUUUUUUCUAAAUGAAAAACACGUAGCCUCAAGUGUCAUAUGUCUUUUAUUUAUUUCUAUUUUAAUUGUAAAAAAUCAAGACAUUCCUCGAAGUGUAAUUGUGCCAUAUCUUAAAAACUUGUUUAGGCUUUAUUCAGUAUUUGGUUUUUCCAGUAAAAUAUGUUAUACACACAACAAAGCAUAUUAUUAUCUUAUUUUCACACGUUUUAAUCAGGUAACGUUAUUUGUACACUGUUAAAAAUAUAUUAAAGUUCUAAAUGUAAA